GCUCCCAUACAUCCCCGCUCUGGCUUUGUUGAUCCUAUUGUCUCCUGCGUCACCACACGUCGCCCGGCAAAUAAAGGCCGUCUGGCUCCAAGCUUAAAUAUUGCAGCAAACUAAAAACCAACCAUCAGAGCCGAUUCAUUCACAUCUGCUCAGUGGGGCGACAAGGACAGGGCUUUAGGUGGGAAAGAGGGCAGAAAAAAGUUCACUUUUCCCUGCCGGGUGCCAAGAGAACGGGACAGGACUCAACUUCGCCGGAGCCGCAGCUGUGUGCUACGGACCGAUCAUGGGUGACUGGAGCUUUCUGGGUAAUAUUUUAGAGGAAGUCAACGAGCACUCUACGGUGAUCGGCCGGGUGUGGCUCACGGUGCUCUUCAUCUUCCGUAUCCUCAUCCUGGGCACAGCGGCUGAGUUUGUGUGGGGCGAUGAGCAGUCUGACUAUGUCUGCAACACGCAGCAGCCUGGAUGUGAGAACGUGUGCUACGACGAGGCCUUCCCCAUCUCCCACAUCCGCCUGUGGGUGCUGCAGAUCAUCUUCGUGUCCACGCCGUCUCUGGUGUACGUGGGUCACGCCGUGCACCAUGUCCAUAUGGAGGAGAAACGUAAAGAGCGCGAGGAGGCAGAACUCACCCGUCAACAGGAGCUGAGCGAGGAGCGUCUCCCUCUGGCACCCGACCAGGGAAGCGUCCGCACCACUAAGGAGACCAGCACGAAAGGAAGCAAGAAGUUCCGGCUGGAGGGAACCCUGCUGAGGACCUACAUCUGCCACAUCAUCUUCAAGACACUGUUUGAGGUGGGCUUUGUGGUGGGUCAGUACUUCCUAUACGGCUUCCGCAUCCUGCCGCUGUACAAAUGCAGCCGUUGGCCCUGCCCCAACACGGUGGACUGCUUUGUGUCUCGCCCCACAGAGAAGACUGUCUUCAUCAUCUUCAUGUUGGCUGUAGCCUGCGUCUCACUGUUCCUCAACUUUGUGGAGAUCAGCCACUUGGGCCUGAAGAAGAUCCGCUUUGUCUUUCGCAAGCCAGCCCCAGCUCCAGCCCCUUCCCAAGGUGAGGGAUCGGCCCCUCUGCCGCUACAAGCAAAGAGCCUGCCCUCCCUGGCUAUGCCGUCUCUGCAGAGAGCAAAAGGUUACAAGUUGCUGGAGGAGGAGAAAGCUCCCGUGACUCACCUCUACCCGCUGGCCGAGGUGGGCAUGGAGGCCGGCAGAGGGGCUCCACCCUUCCAAGGGCUUGAGGAGAAGGCGGAGGAGGUGAUGCCCAUGGAGGACAUCUCUAAGGUGUACGACGAGACUCUGCCCUCCUAUGCCCAGACCACUGAGACGGCGGGGGUGACAUUACAUGAGGAGGAAGUCGAGGAGGUGCAGCCACCAGAGGUGGAAGCGGAGAAGUUGGAAGAAGUUGUGGAUGAGGAUGUGCAGGUCGAGGAGGCCGUGAACGAGGAGGUGAUACCUCCAGCGGAGGCGGGGAUGGAGGCCGCGGAUACGAUAGAAGACACCAGACCGCUGAGCCGACUGAGCAAAGCCAGCAGCAGGGCCAGGUCAGACGAUCUCACCGUAUGAACCUGUGAGAGCAAAGCACAUGUACACCUGCACACACCAAAUGUUCAACACAAGAGAGAGCACACACACACCUCAGUCAAGACAAUGCACACUCUUGAACAGGCAGGUCAAUAAACUAAAAGCAAAAUCAACAGGGAUAGAAUACAAAACCUUUAAGAUACAGGUGAGAACUCUACCAAGCUACAUAAAAUCUGAGUGUUUGUGAUAAAAAUGAAAUCUCAUAAAAAGUAGACGUUAAAGAGGAGAGGAGUAGUAUUUUUUAUUAAGUGUGUUCUUAUAUUUAAAAAAAAAUAUGGAAAGGACACACGCAGGGGGGAAAUGUUUUUACUUGAUGAAAAUUCAUGUUCAAUUUUUAGAAACAUCUUUUCUAUUGAAAGACUUAUAAUCAUAUACAAUGGAGGAAUAGACAUUUUUACAUGGGGUUUGAGUAGAUAGGGGGAGACAGAGUUAUAAUUUACUCGUGUGUCUGCAAAUCAGUACUUUCGCUGUAGUUAGGCACUGAUUUUUACUCCCAAAUGCAGCAUGUGGCUGUCAGCCUUGCCGGUGAAAGGGCUCUCCAUUAGAAAAUACACAUGUGCCAGUACAUUUACAGGUGUACAGCUCUUUGAAAAGAAGAAGAAAAGUCCACUUUCAGGUUCAGAAGAGCGUUACUCUAUUGCACAUUCAGAGUUCUCGACUCUGUGCAAGGCCUUUAACUCUCAAAACACCUCAUCUAUGCAUCCAUUUACACAGGAUUCUUUCAAGUGAAGAGAGAUGUGCAUCAAUUUCAGAGCAUUUCUCUCCUUUUCGUGUUUAUAUACCAGGUAGCAGAGCCAGAGCUGAGUUAGUGAGGAAAAACAAACCACCUAAAAAAAAAAAGACCACAUGUUGAAUGUCUUUUUCAAUGUGAUUCUCUUCAUUUUAGAUUUGCUUAUAUUAUGUAGCCGUUAAGGAAACUGUGUACUGUGAUAUCAGCUGUCCAUGGAAGGGAGCAGGGCUCAUUUUGCUCUAUCAGAGAAUGAACUAUAGUAGCGACCUCAGGCCAAAUCCUCUCUUUUCGUGCUGUACAAACAGGCGUCCGGGCGAUAAAGAUCAUGCACCAUCAGCACAAAGUAUUGUUGGAGGCGAGACAAUAAAAGAAACCGUGCUCAUCAAUGAAAACAAGCAUCCUUGACCUGGCUGUGAAAAAAAUCUUUCUACUUGAUUUGAUGCAACCAUAGUAGAUCCUUUCCCCACAAGAAAAAACGAUAGUUGCAGCGUGCUUAGAAAUUCAGAGAGAAACAAACAACCAGAGGCGAAUCCCGCUGUACAUAACACCCGAUCGCAUGUCUAAUAACGUACAUAAUGUGCAGAACGGCUGUUUUGAAUUAUUUUGCUGUCUAGAGGAAACAUAAAAGUUUUAAUUGUGAUCAUAUUAUAAAAUUAAUCCCACAAACCCCAUAAAGUAAAGACAGGAAAAGCCCAUGCAGCAGUAUUGUGCAUCUAUCUGAGUAAAGGUGACACUUUUCUUUGCAAAUCAUGAUCAAAUAUUUUAAUACCAAGUGCAUUAAGCCUGAAAUGAUGUCUUGGGUUCAUGGCAAAUCUUCUUCACACAUUUUCUGGCUUUGUUUAGUCAAACCGUUGCCACUGUACGAUCUCCUGUGCCUUAUCUGUAAAUGUGAAUUCUCAAAUGUUGUAAGAUUGUAGCAAGUGUUUAUAUCGCUCUGGGACCUAUGUGACCUACUUGAUGUGUUAUUUUUUUAAUUUAAUAAUUUCAUUUCUGUAUGCGACUCCUCAGCACAUCCACACAAACCCACCCACACAUAAAACCGUGUUUCUGUGAUGCAGCUAAAUAACGAGUGUUAACAUGAUAGUUUAAUGUUAAGACAUCGGUGCUUGAAGUCGCAUGUUUUGUGGGGAUGAACACACUCACACAAUGUACGCUCAGACAUGUGCCUACGUGUCAGACACCUCACAGUGUUGGUUUUUUGGGGAAAUGAUCAAACGGCUCCAGAGAAAAAUUCGGAGAGAGGAGACAACUUUGACCCCUUUGUGACCCCCACGAUCUCCUCAUCUCCUCUAAUCCCAUGCAGUGGAAUCUGAGCCUUCAGUGAAACAUCCAAGUUACUGAACAGCAUAAAACAAAUAGCUAUGAUCAGAGCAUGAUGCUGGGCCUUUUGUACAUCAGUAUGACUGGUAAUGUAUGAUUUUUGUAUUUUACGACUGUUGCAUUGCCUGUAUGUUUGUAAGAAGACAUGAUUAAUCCUUGGAAAGAAAAAAAAACCUUUUUACUAACUUGUAGUCUUCUUUGCUGAUAGAUGUGUGGCAGUAUCUUCUUUUGGAAUGUGAAGCAACGCAAUAAAAAGUCACACGUGGUCAAGAAA